GCUCCCGUUCUCUCUCUCCCCAUCUCUUCCGCGCGAGCGGGCACGCGGGCUCCCGUCCCGGCGCGUGCCGCGGCGGCUCCACCGCAGGGCCCGUUGCGGGCUCUAUCCCGGGGUCCGGGGCCGUUUGCGAGGCGACAUGCUGAGGCGGAAUGUGGAAAGCCGGGACGCCCAGACCAGACAAAUGCAAGAUGCGGUCUCCAACGUGGAGAAGCACUUCGGAGAGCUGUGCCAGGUCUUCGCGGGGUACGUGCGUAAAAAAGCCCGGCUGCGGGAUAAGGCCGACCUCCUAGUGAAUGAAAUCAACGCCUACGCCUCCACCGAAACGCCCAACUUGAAGCACGGCCUCAAGAACUUUGCUGAAGAGUUUGCCAAACUUCAGGAUUAUAGGCAAGCCGAGGUUGAAAGACUUGAAGCCAAAGUAGUUGAACCUUUGAAAACUUAUGGAACUAUUGUGAAGAUGAAACGGGAGGAUCUCAAAGCAACUCUAACAGCAAAGAAUCGAGAAGCUAAGCAGUUAACUCAACUAGAAAGGACACGUCAGCGGAAUCCAUCAGAUCGGCAUAUUAUAUCACAGGCAGAAACUGAAUUACAGAGAGCUACAAUGGAUGCUACCAGAACAAGUCGGCAUCUAGAAGAAACAAUUGACAAUUUUGAAAAGCAAAAAAUAAAGGACAUAAAGAAUAUAUUUUCGGAAUUUAUAACAAUUGAAAUGCUAUUCCAUGGCAAAGCUUUAGAAGUCUACACAGCUGCCUACCAAAAUAUGCAGAAGAUUGAUGAAGAAGAAGAUCUAGAGAUUUUUCGGAGCUCUCUUUAUCCACCUGACUACUCAACUCGUUUAGAUAUUGUUCGAGCAAAUUCAAAAUCCCCGCUUCAGAGAUCUCUUUCUGCCAAGUGUAUAUCUGGAACAGCACAGAUUCCCACCAGUCGGAUAAGAAAAGACCAACAAGAUGAUGAUGAAGAGGAUGAUGAUGAAUUAGAAGUUACAGAGGAAGAAAAUUAAUUUUAUAUGAGCUUUUUAAGAGUUUCCCUCAGAAUCAUCAAGACUUCAAUUUACUAAAUUGUUUAGCUUAGCUUGUCAGUUGUCAAAAUUUUAAAACUAGGCAACAAUAUACACCAUUAACAGAUACUUCAAAGAACCUACAAUUUUAAAAAGUAAAUGGCUUUUGAGGAUUUAUCCCCAGGAUGGAACGUGCUUAAAGAAAAUUUCUGUAGCCCGAAAAUAAAGUAGCUCAAAUAAAAAAUUUAAAACAUACCUUUAGUUUCAUUCUUUUACCCAGGGUUAUAUUUGUUUAAAUAUCUUGAAAGCUUGUCAUUCAGAUGUUGUUAUACCACACAAAUAAAUACAAUUGCCAAAAGAA